AUGUUUUGCCGACUAUGUCGGGCGACGGUUUGGCAUAAAUACACGAGCUGGCCGCCGUGCUCAUCCGGUAAUUUCCCCUUCUCUCCAUCACCAACCAUCUUCUGGUGUACCUUGUCGCCUUCUCCUUUUCUCGUCUUUUCCUUUUGUCUUUCCCUUUGUUCCCUUCUUUCCUUGGGCGUUUCGCCCUACAAAAAAAGACACUUCUCCGCCAACGCCGCCGCCGUGGCUCUCCUGGCGGCCGUGGCGACCCAGGUCACGGCCGCACCCCUCGGUGACCAGCAGCAGCUCCAGCCCCGCUUCCAGGUCAUCAAGAUCGGUGGCGGCUUCCGCAGCGUGACGGCCCGCCCGGUCCUGCAGCGGGACGGCGACCUUCGCACCACCUUCAAGGACAUCAAGCCUCUCAGCCUCCGCGGCAGGGACGUCGCCGGCGGCGGCGAGGAGCCCGCGCUCCGGGCCCGACGCACCAAGUCGGCCCACGAGCUAAAGUACGGCAAGAGGGUCAAGCAGUCCGACUUCCGGGUCAGCCGCCGCGUGUCUGCCGGGGGCGUUUCCGCCGAUGAGGAGCAGCCCGAGAUCUAG